AUACACGAGCACGUGUUACUGUAACACCAAAACACCCCGAUGCCUGCCGGUUGUAGUUGCUCAGAGCCAGCUGUCCCUGUGUUUAGGAGGAAUAACGUAUCUUGGAUUUAGCAAUACCAGCUGCAAGCCUAUUGUUAUUUGUUAUUUUACUCACAUAUGGCACUUUUUUGCGACUGUGCGACAGGUUGAGAAGUUCGUUCGGGAAGCAUGAGCUAGUCUCCUGCUAGCAGCAUAGAAGUUUGUUCGUUAACGUUAGCAGUUAGCUAACUUACUAGCUAGCGCCUUGUUUGCGUGCUAACUAGCUAAAUAAAGGGGAUACCUAGUUAGUUUUACAACUGCAUGCAUUCAACUGAAAUGUGUCUUCUGAAUUUAACCCAACCCCUCUGAAUCAAAGAGGUGUGGAGGGCUGCCUUAAUCGACAUCUACGUCUUCGGCGCCCGGAAAACAGUGGGUUAACUGCCUUGCUCAGGGGCAGAACGACAGCUUUUUACCUUGUCAGCUCGGGGGUUUGAUCCAUCAUUUUACCCGACUUUGGACUGAAACGGUUGUAUGAUUUUGCAGAACAAACCACUGUCUUUGUCCAGUGCUACGUAGCCAGCUGAUAAGUUUACUAGCUACCUAGCCUACGUUAGUGAUUCUGUUCCGGAUGCAAGUGGAAUAACCAGUAAUGCAACUGAUCAGCUGGCUAGACCAACAAAGUAGCUAAAUAACUAAGGACACUUUGCUAAAAUGCAGUGGUGGUGAACAAAGCAAUGGAAGCUUGUUUCAAGUCGUUCACCAUGGGUGGUCUUCGGAGAUCUCUGGACAUUAAAUUCAGGGUCCUCGCCGGCUGUUUGACCUGCAGAACAGUGAGUUGUUCCAGAUCACCUAUAAAAUGCCAACUCUCCAAGCAUCAGCCGUUGACGAGGGGGAAAGCAACACUGUUGCGAUCAUGUCCGUCUGCAUAUUUAAUUCGCCAUAGAGGAACUGAGGCAUCCCUCUCCAGUGUGGCUCCUGCUUUUGUUGUGAUGAAAUUUGACGAAGAUGGAAAUGUAACCACAUUUGAGAAGAAGAAGAUGGAGCUGUAUCAUGAGCUGAGUCUGCAGGCCAGAGACCUCAGGUUCCAACACCUCACCAGCAUCACCGCUAGGAACAACAACAUCAUCAUUCGCAUGGAGGCCUUGAAGGCAGUCGUGACCCCCAAUAGCCUGUUGGUGUUGGAUUUCCGAGGUCUGGGAUUGGAGAGAUGGCUGGUCCUGGAGUUGGCUCCACAGUUGAAUGGGGAUCAUGGAGCUCUGGCCACUCAUUCACUGCCAUUUGAGUUCAGAGCCCUUGAAGCUAUUCUGCAGCACAGGGUAAACACCCUUCAGGCUCGACUGAAUGAGGUUCACCCUGUCAUCCUGGACAUUCUAGAGUCUCUUGUGGAUCCUAAACUACUCUCUGCAGAUCGCAGCAAACUGCAUAUACUUCUUCAGAACAGCAAGAACCUGUCAGAGCUGGAGACAGACAUCAAGGUCUUCAAGGACAGUCUGCUGAAGAUCCUAGAUGAAGAGGAGAUGAUCGAGGAGCUUUGUGUCACCAAGUGGACGGAUCCACGUGUGUUUGAGGAGAGCAGUCUGGGCAUUGAUCAUGCUGAGGAGAUGGAGCUUCUCCUGGAGAACUACUUUAUGCAGGCUGAGGAGCUGGGCAACACAACCAGGGAGCUCAAGGGCCUGAUAGACGACUCCGAGAGUGUUAUCUUCAUCAACCUGGACAGUCACCGGAACGUGAUGAUGCGUCUGAACCUGCAGCUCACCAUGGGGACCUUCUCACUCUCCCUAUUUGGCCUGAUGGGCGUCGCCUUCGGGAUGAACUUGGAAUCCACGUUUGAGGAGGACCCCAAGGUGUUCUGGCUGGUGACAGGCUUCAUGUUCCUGGGUAGUGGACUAAUCUGGAGGAGACUGCUCUCGUUCCUGGGUCGACACCUUGAGCCUACCAUCCCCCCACAGAUCCCAACAGUUUGGAAGAGAAAUCAAAUCAACUCAAAAGGAGGAGAGGUGAAGAGUGGACUAAGAUGAUAGUUCCUUGUUGCACCACCUCUCUGUUGAGGAAUCUGAACUGUUUGACUGUUUUCAUAAUACAGUGAGAUUUUCCACUCGUUUAUUGCAGAGGAAUGUUUUUUUUCUCUUCAUAAUCUCAAUAUCAGUUUUUUUGCAAUUAGUUUAAGACUGUUGUAAGCAGUAUUCAUGUAUUUAUUAACAUCCUGGAUAUAUUGUUAUAAUGAAGAACACUGUAUACCUCCAUCUGUAUUCAAGGAUACUGCACCAAUUCUUACGGUCCAAAAACAUGGUCCAACUGUUCACCAAAACCACUGUUCAAAUAGUUUUGACUGACUAUACAGCUAAUAAAUAAAGACAUUGAGUACUGA